AUGCAAGGCUUCAAAGUCAAAGUAAACCACGUCGACUGGGGCGAAGUCCGCGGCCGCGACGAGGCUGGCGAACUGGUCACCUCCAAUGGCCGGCCGUACAUGAACGUCUAUUUGGAACUGGCCAACCGCUCGGACAAGACGUUCCAGUUCAAAAGCUGGUAUGGCAACGAAUUCACCACGCAAAACGGCGCGAUUCGUACUGCCCAGCUUUCCGAUGACGACAAGAACAUGUACUAUCCCCUCAAGUUUGACGAUCUUGCCGACCUGAAAUGGUGGACCCCGAGCAAGACGUUCGAUCCGCUGGAGGAAGGGACCGAUUGCAUCGUGUUCGAUGUACCGGAAGAUUUCGACCCGAAUAAAGUCGAGAACUUGUACUUGGACCUGCCUGGCGAAGCGGUGCGCGUUCUCGGACGCAGCCGCUAUCCUGAGCUCGAAAAGCUGAACGUCGAGUGCGUUCAGGGCGAUCUUCGCGAGCGAGCGGAUGUUGAAAAAGCGGUCAAAGGCUGUGAAGUCGUCUAUCAUGUCGCCGCGCUGGCAGGUAUCUGGGGCCGCUGGAAAGAUUAUCACGGCAUCAACGUCCUCGGCACGCAGAACGUGAUUGAUGCCUGCUUGGCUUGGAACGUCGAACGUCUGGUUUACUGCAGCAGCCCCAGUGUGACGUUCAACGGAACCGAUCAAAAAGGUGUCGAUGAAUCGGCCGCGUAUCCCGAGACAUGGCUGGCUCACUAUCCCCAUUCCAAAGCGCUCGGAGAGCAAGCGGUCUUGGCGGCUCAUCGGCCUGGUGCCCUUGCUACAUGUGCGUUGAGGCCCCAUCUGAUUUGGGGACCACGCGAUCAGCACCUCAUUCCGCGAUUGAUCGAGCGCGCGAAGACAGGCAAGCUGCGUAUUGUCGGCGAUGGCAAAAAUCUGGUCGACAUGGUCUUUGUCGAGAAUGCCGCGGCGGCGCAUGUGCAAGCGGCGAGUGCACUUGCCAGCGAUCCGGAGAAAGCCGGCGGUAAGGCCUAUUUCAUCACGCAAGGGGCUCCC